AGCAUCAAAAAGUCAAGUGCAAGUGGCAAUUUUUCUACCUGACGUUGGCUAAUGCACAAACCGUGCCAAAGCCAAAAAUAAAAAGAAGAAGAAGAAGAAGUGGCAAUUUCAAGCGUUUGACAUUUGAAAUGACAACGAUGAAAAUGUUUUUAUUGAAAUCUUAAUUUACUUAAACUUACUACCCAAUUCAGUUACAAUCCAAGACCAUUCCUCCUUAUACGUUAAGUUAGUAGUUAACCUUAGUUGAUUUUACUUAUAUAGUGAAUUAGAUCUAAAAGUAUUGUAAGACAUGAUUUAACUAUAUUUUGGAUAUAAUUAUGUCGUCAUAUGAUUUACCCAUUAUUUUAGUAAGCGCAACGGACAAUAUUACAGCGACAAAAGUUAUUUCAGAAUUAAUAGACAAUGAUGUAGAAGAUAACAAGUACAAAGAGGCGGGUUGGCGUGUCUGGCGGCUUGAGAACAAGUACUACGAGGUGUGCGUGCGGCUGCAGGCGUUACCAGAUGAUGAAGCGCUCACUCCGACACUGCCGCGUGCUGAUGCACAUCUCAUCUAUCUCACAGAGACUGAGGGCGCGGACGUGGCGGAGGAGAGACGCGCGCGCGCCGGCCCCCUGCUGCGGCGCGGCGCCGUGCGCCUCGUCCUGCUCGACGCCCUCGCCCCCACAGGGGCGCUGACGUCGUGGGCGACCUCCGUGCGCUACGAGCCGGUGGGUCUGUGGGGAUGA